AUGGAGAACAGCACGCAAGCCAGCACUUCUGUCGAGAAAAGAAAUCACCAUUGGAGAAGUUACAAGUUGAUUAUUGACCCGGCUCUGAAAAAAGGACAGCACAAACUCUACCGUUACGAUGGGCAACAUUUCAGCAUGCCUAACUCGGGAAUCGCUCCUGUGGAUUGUGUCAGGGAUCCCAGAAUAGGGCGAAUAUGGACCAAAACUAAGGAGUUGGAGCUGUCUGUCCCCAAAUUCAAGAUUGAUGAAUUUUACGUGGGGCCAGUGCCUCCCAAGCAGGUCACCUUUGCCAAGCUGAACGACAACAUCCGCGAAAACUUUUUGACCGACAUGUGCAAGAAAUACGGCGAAGUGGAGGAGGUGGAGAUUCUCUACAACCCCAAGAACAAGAAGCACCUGGGCAUUGCCAAAGUGAUCUUUGCCACUGUCAAGGGUGCCCGGGAGGCCGUCCAGCACCUUCACAACACCUCCGUCAUGGGCAACAUCAUCCACGUGGAGCUGGAUACGAAAGGUGAAACCCGCAUGCGAUUCUAUGAACUGCUCGUUAAUGGUCUUUACACUCCUCAGACCCUUCCUGUAGGCACCGAACAGGAUGUAUCGCCAACUGUAAAUGAAACUCUCCAGUUGACGGAUUCCCUGAAGCGCCUGAAAGACAGUAACCUUUCUUCUGCGGGAUCAUCUGUUACCCCAAACAGUAGCACGCCAUUUUCCCAUGACACAGCCUAUUCCAGCUGUCGGCAAGACACCCCAAACUCAUACAGCCAAUUUACCCCACAGUCCCAAGGCACACCUCACACCCCACGGUUAGGGACACCGUUUUCCCAGGAUUCCACCUAUUCUAGUCGUCAGACAACGCCUGUGUACCAUUUUGGGCAGGACAGUGGGUACAAACCCAGGAGACACGAAACAAAAUUUACAGAUGCCUACAACCGUCGACCAGGACAUCACUAUGUUCAUAACUCGGCAGGUGUUUACCGAGGGACAGAGCAUCAGUUUAGUACGUACAAAUCCCAUCAGCAGGAGCCAGUUCAGUUCUCUCACACUCCUCCCCUGAGCCACUCUAGUUCUUCGAGCUACAAAUCUGCCUUCUCUCCCUACCAAGCACCAGCUGUAUUUCCCCAAUCCGAUGAGCAGCAGUUUCCCCAAACUUCCAGGGAAACAGAGUACCGAAGACCUGUGCCACCUCCCACUGAGAUGGUUGUGGAAAGCAGCACUGCCACUAACAUCGAUUUUGUCCCAGUGAAGGAGAAACAGGAGGACCCUCCGCCCUUGCCCGAUUCAAACUCUGUUCCUGAACCAAGCACAGCAUCCUUCUCUCAGACUCCAGAGAGAAGUGAGACCCCUGGCACCCCCACCAUGGAGUCUGAAAUGCAGCAUAACAGUUUAGACUCACGGAUUGAGAUGCUCUUAAAAGAGCAGAGAACAAAGUUACCCUUUCUUAAUGAGCAUGACUCGGAUAAUGAGAUCCGAAUGGAAGGUAGCCCUAUUUCCUCUUCUUCUUCCCAGCUCUCUCCCAUCCCAAUGUACAGUUCAAACUCUCAGCCCGGUUACAGAGGUCAGACGCCUUCGUCGCGCCCUUCCAGCACAGGCUUGGAGGACAUUAGCCCAACGCCGUUACCUGACUCUGAUGACGAGGAGCCCAUCCCUGGGACGGCUUCUCUGAGUCAGAAUUCACGGGGGACAUCAGAGGCCAGCAUGACUCCCAUUGAUCAGCUGAGCAGGACCUCCAAAAUUGAGACCUCGGAGGCUAAAGAAAUGGUGCCUGGUGACCAGACUCCGACGUCAGAAAAAAUGGACGAGGGUCAGCAUUCUUCAGGGGAGGACAUGGAAAUCUCUGAUGACGAGACCAACCCUGCACCUAUCACCAGUGCAGAAUGUGCCAAAACCAUUGUGGUGAACUCCUCCGUCAGCAACACAGCCGUGAUGGCCCCGUCAAUUCCCCCCUUGCCACCACCAGGAUUCCCUCCUCUUCCUCCUCCGCCGCCUCCACAGCCAGGCUUCCCGAUGCCUCCGCCGCUACCUCCGCCACCUCCACCCACUCACCCCGCUGUCACCGUCCCCCCGCCUCCGCUCCCUGCCCCUCCUGGGGUCCCUCCGCCUCAUAUCUUGCCUCCGCUUCCUCCAUUCCACCCUGGCAUGUUCCCUGUCAUGCAAGUGGAUAUGAUAAGUGUCUUGGGCAACCAGUGGGGUGGCAUGCCAAUGUCCUUCCAGAUGCAAACUCAGAUGCUGAGCCGCAUGAUGCAGGCGCAAAACACAUACCAGUAUCCACCUUUCAUGACGGGCCGGAUGCAGUUUGUGAAUCUUCCGCCCUACCGCCCUUUCUCAAUGGGAGCAGCUCUUGGUCGUGGACAGCAGUGGCCACCACUGCCCAAGUUUGACCCCUCGGUUCCACCACCAGGUUAUGAGCCGAAGAAGGAAGAUCCCCACAAAGCCACCGUGGAUGGAGUCCUCCUGGUCAUAGUGAAGGAACUAAAGGCUAUCAUGAAAAGGGACCUGAACCGGAAGAUGGUUGAAGUGGUAGCGUUUCGGGCAUUUGAUGACUGGUGGGAUAAGAAGGAACGUCUGGCAAAGGCGUCUCUCACUCCAGUGAAGUCUGGAGGAGAACUGGAGGAGAAACCAAAGCCAAAGGAUCGAAUCACAUCUUGUCUUUUGGAGAACUGGAACAAAGGAGAAGGCCUAGGAUACGAGGGCAUUGGCUUGGGCAUUGGGUUACGAGGGGCCAUCCGGUUGCCAUCCUUCAAGGUGAAAAGAAAGGAGCCACCUGAAGCUGCCUCAGCAGGAGAUCAGAAGAGAAUCCGGCCUUCUACUUCUGUCGAUGAUGAAGAUGAAGAGUCGGAGAGGGACAGGGAUGCUUCCGAUACAACAUCUGACCUGUCAAAGAAGGAUGCAGAAGCAGUGGGGCUGAGGCGGCGACCAGCAAGGCCGCUGGAGCUUGACAGUGAGGGAGAAGAGGGAGAUGAGACAUCAGAGAAAGAGGAGGAGUCCUCCUCAGAGAAGGAAGAGGAGCAAGAAGAAGAAGGAGGCUUGGUGAAAGCAGCACCUGGCAAGGAGGAGGAGGAGGAAGAGGAUGAUGAGGAUGAAGAGGAUGAUGAUGAAGAAGAGGAUGAUGAAGAUGAUGAGGAGGAGGAGGAGGAGACAGGCAUAGACACAAGUGACAAGGAAGAGGAGCAGGACUCUGAGGAGGAUGCAGCAAGUCCCUCGUCUUCUAAGGCUGAAGUUGAAUCAUCUGAUGAAAGUGAGGACUCCUCUGAAUUUGAGUCAAGUUCAGACUCAGAUGAUGAGGAUGAGGAUGAUGAAGAUGAGGAGGAGGAAGAGGAGGAAGAGGUGGCUGAAGAUCAAGACGGAGAAGCCAUGGUUGCUGAGACAGAGCAUGAACCUGCUGGUCAUGAGCUUCCUGAUGAUGAGAAGGAGACUAUUUUGGAGCUGUAUCCUGUGGAUGACUACACAGAUCCAACAGACUUGAGACUCACAGAGCCAGCUUUGGCAGUGAAAGAUGAAGGCAUGGAAGAAAUCAAGGCAGGGGAAAGUGAAUGUGGUGAAGUCCCAGAGGCAUCUAUUGCUGCUGAAACACUGAAACACUUGGUUAUGCAAAGAGACCAGGAGACAAAACUUGCACUGUCUCCCAUCUGUGGGCCAGAGGAAGAGUCUGAACCCGCUACCAUGCUGGAGCCAGAGGUGCAGGAAGGUCCAAAGCCUGAAUCUCAAGAUGAAGUGCUCUGUCUCUCGACUCCAGUGGGAGUCUUCGGAGAACUUCUGCCCAAUAAAAGCAACUUCUUUAGCAAGUCUGACGACAGCAGCUUAGAAGCUCGUGUUAAAACAAAGCUGCCCUCUGCAGCAGAGGAAGAUGAACGGGUGCCUCGCACGCCUGGACGGGAGGUGAUGAUCCAUUCGGAGACUGAUACUCUUUUGCUUCCAGCCCACAAGGUGCCAUCCUCCAUGCUUCCCUUACCACCAACUCCUGGUAAAGAAGAAUCUUUAGUCCCUCCAGAAAAGUUCCCUGAACAAUUAAUGGUGACCAAAACGUCUGUGGAAGAGGAGAUUCCUAGGACGCCUGGGCGGGACAUUUUGGCCAAGUCUUCACACCCCCUUGCGAAGUCACAGAGCACGGACACUGUUCCAGCCACGCCAGGAAGCGAUGCUUCCCUUAUGGGAAGCAGCUUGACCCUCAGUUCCCCUCAAGUCCCAGGGAGCCCCUUUUCCUACCCAUCCCAAUCUCCUGGCAUUAACAGUGGCAUUCCUCGGACUCCUGGGAGAGAUUUCAAUUUCACGCCUACUUUCCCAGAGGCUGGUGCUACCAUUCCUUGCCUUCUGCCUGGCAAGAAACAGUCAGAGGAUGAGCUAGAUGAGAAACCCUUUAAAGAGCCUCUUGGUGCUUCCCUUACGAUCAGCAUGAACAAUGUUCCUUCCCCUAUUCCCUUUGCCAGCCCCCCCCAAGCAGAUUUCCACACGGACAUGGGUUUGCCACCUGAUGAGCCAAUACCUGUAGCAGCCCUGCCAUGCAUGCAUGGAGAUGGAAGAAUGCCCAUUGAGGAAUGCAAGGCAGAAGUAAAAUCUGUUUUGCUCUCACCAGAAGUACCCACUGGUGCUUCUAUUCUUCCUCCCCCACCACCGCCUUCUGUUCUUCCCAAAAGGAGGCCAGGUCGGCCAAAACGGUCACCACCUUCUGUCCUCUCGUUGGAUGUGUACUCGGGCAAAACCAUAGAACCUCCUCCUGUGCCAGUGGCCUUGGUGGAAAGUACUGUGGGCAAAGAGCUGUUGAGUGGACAUCCUGAUGCUUUCUAUGGACUUAAAGACCCUGAAGCCGUUACCCUGGACUUCAGGAAUGAUGGUUUCCAUGAGAAAAUAGCAGCUGAGACAGUUGCAGAGAAACUGCCAUUUAAGGAACUGGAGAACCAGUGGAAUGAAGACUACAAAGAAGAAGAAGCUCACGCGAAACCUAAAAGACAGUGGCGAAGGCAGAAGAAGACACCUGAGGACCUACCAGUGAUUCCUUCCCCUGAGUAUUCCCCACCCCGGCCUCAGUUCAGGCCACGCUCCGAGUUUGAGGAGAUGACCAUUUUGUAUGAUAUUUGGAAUGGAGGCAUAGAUGAGGAAGAUAUCAAAUUCAUGUGUAUCACAUAUGACCGCUUGUUACAGCAGGACAAUGGUAUGGACUGGCUCAAUGACACCCUGUGGGUAUUCCAUCCUUCUACUAGCUUUUCUACCCCCAAGAAAAAGAAGCGGGAUGAUGGGAUGCGGGAGCAUGUGACGGGCUGUGCACGAAGUGAAGGCUAUUACAAAAUUGAUAAGAAGGACAAACUUAAAUACCUCAACAAUAGCCGAGCUUUUGCAGAGGAGCCUCCAGCUGACACGCAGGGUAUGAGCAUCCCUGCCCAACCUCAUGCUUCCACCCGGGCUGGCUCUGAGAGGCGGUCAGAGCAACGCAGGCUCCUCUCCUCCUUCACUGGUAGCUGUGACAGUGACCUGCUCAAGUUCAACCAGCUCAAGUUCCGGAAGAAAAAACUAAAAUUCUGCAAGAGCCACAUUCAUGACUGGGGCCUUUUUGCUAUGGAGCCCAUUGCAGCUGAUGAGAUGGUGAUUGAAUACGUGGGUCAGAACAUCAGGCAGGUCAUUGCUGACAUGCGUGAAAAGCGAUACGAGGAUGAAGGCAUCGGAAGCAGUUACAUGUUCAGAGUCGAUCAUGACACCAUCAUCGAUGCCACGAAAUGCGGAAACUUCGCCAGAUUUAUUAAUCAUAGCUGCAAUCCAAAUUGUUAUGCUAAAGUGAUCACAGUGGAGUCUCAAAAGAAGAUCGUCAUCUACUCCAAACAGCACAUCAAUGUGAAUGAGGAAAUUACGUAUGACUACAAGUUUCCAAUUGAGGAUGUAAAAAUCCCAUGUCUAUGUGGCUCUGAGAACUGCAGGGGAACCCUGAACUGAACUCGAGGUUUCUCGUCACACUUGCACCUUCGGCCAUGUCAAAACUGUGGUAACCAGGUGUGGUUGCACUUUGCCAAAAAAAGAGGAAAAAAAAAAAAAAAAAAGAAAAAAGGAAGAAAAAAAAUUUAAAAGGAAAAAAAACUAU